AUGGCCUUCAAAGCCCUUCAGUCCGCCGACAGAAUGAUGACCGGAAGCAAGUUCACCAUGAAGGGUGUGAGGAAGUCGGCCCUCGUCCAUACGACAGUCUACACAGUGAAAGAUUGUGAUAUUGGGACACAGUCAGCACAAGUGAGUCCGCGGAUCCGCUGGAGACAACGAAUGUUGAAUGCUUCUAAACUUUUGAAGUGGGCCCACUAUAUGGUCCUAGCCCUACAGCCGCAUAAUGAUGCAUACAGCUCUGUAAACAGCGAUCUUUGUGGAGGUGGGUGGACACAGGAUAUCACGACUGACCGUGCCAAGGACUUAGGUCUCUAUUUUGGUUCUCUUCCACUGGUUCUUAUGUUUGAUCUAAUGCCAGAUCACUUUGUGGACUCGAGUGAAGUCGCACAAAUUAUGCAGACGCUUGAUGUGCAUAUUAUCAUCAAGAACAAGAGAUCAGAUGGUUUGUUCAACAUGCAUGCUUACCUGAGAACAGCACUUAACCCUUUGUCUUAUAGAGGUUUUACAAGAUUUGUCUAUUCUUCAGUUAACACUUUGCGAAUAAGUAACAUAUAUGAAGCGGGCGUCUGUUGUCGCAGUUGGAAAAGGCACCGCCAAAAAGCAAGAAUACCCCCAAAUUACCAUAUAUCGGAAGCAGCACCACUGUAUGGUUUAGCAGGCCAAGGAACCAAAUCUGAACCUGAGCUGCUGGCUAGGUGGCGGCAGUGGAGGGUCGUCCCCCCUGCCUCCCCCACAGCCACCCCCGGGCCCCCCAGGGGGUACCCAACCCUAUCUGGAACCAGGCCCCGGCCACGAAACAGCUCUUUGCCUCCGCACUUGGCUAGAUCUCAGUACAAUCCCUUUAUGGUAGAUCCAAGCAAUUAUUAUGCUGCCAACUUGCUGCUUCGCACUGGUGGAAUUAAUGGGUGUAACAACAACUGUAUCUUGCCAAACUCAUCUCAAGGUGUUGGUGCCAAAACUGCAUUGAAUAUCAAUGCAGUUAGCAAUGGAAUCAGUGGGUUAAAAAUAGCUUGCAAUGAUGCUUCAUGUGGAACAAGCAGCAACAGUGGGAGUUCAUUGUCAUCACCGACUCCUUCCCCGCGUAACCCAUCACCAGAGCAGAUGGUUUCCUGCCACAUGGGCACCCCGUCGCAGCAGACCAAUUGUAACGAAGCAGAGCAAUCUUCUUCCAGUGAUAUAAAUGCUAUUUCUGCAUUACUGACUGACUUUGAUCGCCGUGCUCCAGGAUGUGAGAAAAAACAAAUUGAAAUGGCAGCACAGAAAUUGACCUUAUCAGAUUACAGCUCAAAGAAAGUGCAGGCUGCUAAAGCAAUGAAGGAACAAGUCAGCUCAAACCCCCGCACUCCAACCUCCAAUUGGUCAGGUUAUGGCUUUAGUAAGAGUCUCCCAGGCUACAUCAUACGGCAGAAGAUGCAAGAAAGCCGUCAGAUGAAAGCAGCUCAUAAGGGAACCUCUAAUGAUGACUGGGAAUCUUGGCAUCAGCAGCAAGACGUUUCAACAACUGAAAUGCCGCCACCUCAAAAUCUUCAAAAUAUUCAUUAUCCAAGUAGAAUGACAAAGACUUAA